CCUCACAAGAAAGAAACAACAAUUAAAAAUGGAAUUAAGAGUCAUUUUCCAUUCCACUAACUAAACCUUUUCGAAUUCGACACAUAUUCACCGGGUGUCCACCAAACACACGGAGCGAACGCUAACAAAGGUAUUUCACAAUGAGCAUCAAGUGACAAGUCAUCCGGGGAAAGAGCCCUCAGAUAUGGACACAUUACAUCUUUAACCCUCAAAACACCGCAUCACUUCCGCCGUUUCUUCUCUCGUCUCUCCAGCGGAGCGUCACCUCAUUCUCCGUCGUUCUCCUUUUUCACAGAAAGAAAUGUCUGCUGCCGGAGAUGUGCCUGCCUUCUUCCACAACAUGGGAAGCUCGAGCCCCAACCAGCCCCGGCAGAAAUUCUGUGGCAUGUUCUGCCCCGUGGAGGGUUCAUCGGAUAGCAAGACGUUGGACUUUGACUCCCUGUCCUCAGGAAGAGGUGGAGUGAUCGAGAGGCAGAGGGACAUCUCCAAAGCGAGAAAGGUGGAGAUCAGAAGGAGCGCUGGAAAGGAGCUUCUGCAGAACCUGAAUGAUGAGAGUGACCGUCUCCUGAUUAAAGGGGCUAAGAUUGUGAACGAUGAUCAGUCGUUCUGUGCCGACAUCUAUAUGGAGGAUGGCCUGAUCAAGCAAAUUGGAGAAAAUCUAAUAGUGCCCGGUGGGGUGAAAACCAUCGAUGCCCAUGGGCGCAUGGUGAUGCCUGGUGGUAUUGAUGUGCACACACGCUUCCAGAUGCCUGACAGGGGUAUGACUGCUGCUGAUGACUUCUACCAAGGCACCCGUGCUGCUCUGGCUGGAGGAACCACCAUGAUCGUUGAUCAUGUGGUGCCUGAACCCGGGACGAGUUUGAUCUCAGCCUUCAAUCAGUGGAGGGAAUGGGCAGACAGUAAAGCAUGCUGUGAUUAUUCUCUUCACGUGGACAUCACUGAAUGGCACAAGGGUGUUCAGGAGGAGAUGGAGGCACUCGUCAAAGACCAUGGCGUUAACUCUUUCCUCGUCUACCUGGCCUAUAAAGACUUUUUCCAGCUCACUGAUUCACAGAUCUACGAAGUGUUCAGUGUAAUUCGGGACCUCGGGGCCAUCGCUCAGGUCCACGCUGAGAACGGAGACAUCAUAGCCGAGGAGCAGCGCAGGAUCUUGGACUUGGGUAUUACUGGACCAGAGGGACAUGUCCUCAGUCGUCCAGAGGAGGUGGAGGCGGAGGCAGUGAACCGCUCUGUAACAGUCGCCAAUCAGACCAACUGCCCACUUUACAUCACUAAGGUGAUGAGCAAGAGUGCCGCUGAUGUCAUCGCCCAGGCCAGGAAGAAAGGCACCGUGGUGUAUGGAGAGCCUAUCACAGCGAGUAUUGGCACGGAUGGAUCACACUAUUGGAGCAAGAACUGGGCCAAGGCUGCCGCCUACGUCACGUCUCCACCCUUGAGUCCAGAUCCCACCACACCAGACUAUCUCAACUCACUGCUGUCCUGUGGGGAUCUGCAGGUAACAGGAAGUGCUCACUGCACCUUUAACACAUCCCAGAGAGCUGUUGGUAAAGAUGACUUCACCCUCAUCCCAGAGGGCACCAAUGGCACAGAGGAAAGGAUGUCCAUCAUCUGGGACAAAUGUGUGGUAACAGGAAAAAUGGAUGAAAAUCAGUUUGUGGCUGUCACCAGCACCAAUGCUGCUAAGAUCUUCAACCUGUAUCCGCGCAAGGGCCGCAUUGCUGUGGGCUCAGAUGCCGAUCUUGUUCUGUGGGACCCUGAUGUUACGAAGAUCAUCUCAGCCAAGAGCCACAAUCUGGCAGUGGAGUACAACAUUUUCGAGGGUAUGGAGGUGCGUGGAGUGCCCCUGGUGGUCAUCAGUCAGGGCAAGAUUGUGCUGGAGGAAGGAACCCUGCACACCACUGAAGGGUCCGGACGCUUCAUAUCCCGCAAACCCUUCCCUGACUACGUUUACAAGAGGAUAAAGGCCCGCAGCAGGCUUGCUGAACUGCGGGGCGUCCCGCGGGGUCUGUACGACGGGCCGGUCUGUGAAGUGUCAGUGACGCCCAAAGCUGUGACGCCUGCUUCCUCUGCUAAAACCUCUCCUGCCAAGCAGCCCGGGCAACCCGUCCGCAACCUGCACCAGUCCGGCUUCAGCCUCUCUGGUGCUCAAGUUGAUGACAACAUCCCUCGCCGCAACACCCAACGCAUUGUGGCACCCCCUGGUGGCAGAGCCAACAUCACCAGCCUGGGCUAAACUAGUCCUCCAUCCCACAGGAGGGCAGGGCGUUGGGGGAGAGAGGUGUCAAUAAACGAAGGUGUUUGCCCAAACCACCGCAUCAAAUCACGAACCGAACCCUCCACAGGGCCUAUGAUUCUGCACUCUCUACUCUCCUAACCCCUGAUCUCUUACCCUCAUUCCCAUUGUUUUCCCUUUCCCAACCCUACACCACUUCCUAAAGGAGACAUCUAGACAAGAAAAAAAGAGUAUUCGCCUCAUAUGAAGAGAGAAGGAAACAAAUCCACCAUCCACAUUUGAGCACUUCUGAUUGUAUGAUUUUUAUACUGUACCUUCUACCCGCCACGAGUCAUGUUAUUAUUUUUUGUAUUUAACUUUAUUUGUUUUUUUGGAAAUCAGAGGGAUCAAGUGUGUGUACUAGAAGCUGUUUACUCAUUAACAAGAGCAAGGGUUUAGCAUACUGAGUUUCUUGUUUCAUUGUUUGUGGCUAUAAGUCGAUUAAAUUAGGAAUUUAUUUGAUUUUUUUUAUACACUUUGUACUCAGUUUACAUCAGUGUCAUCAUUAGAUUAUAUUCCACCCGUGCCCUUUUCCUUGGCAUUCAGUGCGAUCAUUUCUGUACCAGUCAAUAAAAGGAAGCUUUUCCAGUGGUCGCUAAUUAAAAACCAUGUGUCGUUUCACAACCAGAGAUAUUAAAUUAAGCCUGUUGAUGUUAUUGAAGAAGAAACCGCAUGUAAAAACAAGCAGCUUAGCAAUGUUGGAGAAAAUGAGAAGAGCGCAAGUCAUUCUAGCUGAAAAAACAUCCUUUUUUUGGCUUCAAACUCUUUUUUUGGAUCGCGCUGCUUUCUUAAAGGUUAGGAAUAUGAGAAUGUCAAGGUUUUGUUUGGCUGUGAAGAAACGGUGAGCUGUUAAUAAAAGGAUUUUAGGAGGUGCUAGCUAAAGAAGACGCAAUGUAGAAUUACUUAUUGGUUUAAAGUCACUUUUAAAGAACAGCUUGUUUGUGACGCUGUGGAACUAGUUUCAUUUUUACUACCAAACUAAAGCCAAAAGUAUGUAAGUUUUGACACAAAAAAGCUGGAUACAUAAUCUUGCAAAGUAUGCUCCAUGUAAAAGCAUAACCAGACAUAUGUGUACUAGAACGAUUCAUUCAUUUCCAGUGUCUACAUAUUUGCUCCAAAAGAUAUGAGCAAAAACAUUUUUGUUUUUAUUUAAUACAGCUUUUGUUAGUCCUGCACACAUGCAGAGCAUCCAAAAUUACAUCCGUCUCUACUAUAUACUAUUUGAAAAACACAAUGUGACCGGAAUAGUUUGUCUGAAUUCAUGGUAUUCGAAAAACUGUAGGUGAGAAGUGCCAGGAUGUCCUACAACUUCAGAAGAGAUAUGGGAGUGACCCCUCAUUCACACUAGCAGCGACUUUGUAGCUGCCUGUUGCUCUGGGUGGUGACAUGCUGUAAAUGCAGGUCUGUGUAAGUCUAUACAGCACGAAUACAACCGGACUCUCACCAAGCUAAGAGAGGAUCAUGUGGGCUCUACUAGUGCUACUAUUGGCUGACGCUCAAGAAAGUCGUUCUUUAUUUGCAUAAAGUUGAAGGAUUCUCAACUUUGUUGUGUCGCUUGCCACACCCACCUGACUGCCAACGGUCACUGUUGCUCGCUUAGGCAGAGGUCGCCGGAAGUCACUCACUCACUGUCCAUUGAAAUGAACGAUUGCUUGUCACUUUGUCACAGUGAGUCGCUCGUAGUUAGAAUGAGGCUUAAAGCAACACAACUGACUGUAAUUGGCCAUGACGUAGUGUGUCUGAAUCCCAUUUAUACUACUCAUUUAAGUAAUGCAUAAAGCUAGCUUUAUCUAUGUUGUAUGCCGUUACUUUCCUAUAUACUUCAGAUUGUCACCGUACACGACGGUCUGUAUCAGGAUGCUGCUGAUGUUGUCAUGGAAAGGGGGAAGGGGGCAUCAAAGACGAAAUGAAAGUAAAGACCGAGAUAGAGUGGGUUGUGGCGACAUCUCGCAGUUGUAAAUGAAGAGCAGGCUGGGGUGGUGUUGGUUAAUUGGGGAGCCCCUAAUAGUAACUCUGGGGCCCUUAAAACGGCAUGGGCCCUAAAAAUCGUCCAAAUGCCACCCCUCCCCCAGUGCCACCCCUGGUCUGUAUAUAGUGCGUAUGAUGAUGGCCAGGAUGAUGAUUCCAUCAUUGGAACAGUGGUUGUGUUUCUAAAAGUCCUGUGAUGAGCAUAACACCCCCCCCCCCCCCCCCCCCCCACACACACACACACUCUUCGGUUUUAGAUCGGGGCCCCUGCCGCAUUUUACUGUACGCUACUGCACAUACUUUGAGCUGUCAUUGCACUACUUAGUUUGUAGACAGGGUGUCAACACAAAAACAGGCUGUUAUUUUACUUUAGAAAAAGAAAUGAGGACAAAACAUUAACAACAAAACUUGAAAAGCAAGACACCGAUGUUCAGACUACACAUAUUUUCUAACAAAUCUGUUAUGAUUCAAUCCUAAAAAUCUUGAUGCGUCAGAUUGCUUCCUAAACAGUGAUUGAACUAGCGACUGACUUCCUGAAACCUAGUUCUGGCUUUGUUGUCCUAAAAGAAAGUGCAAAAAAGAAUAAAAACAUGACAGUGAACAUGUUCCUGGCUUAAUGGAAGAAGACAAUAUGGGCUGUCAACCCUCCAAAGAGAACCUGAGGUAAAAUAUGGUUUGCUUAUGGUUAGUUAGCCUAUAGCUUUAGAGGCUAACUUGCCACCACAUUUUGUAAAACUAAAAACAGUGAAAAUAUCUAGCACAUCCAAAUGUUAUCUCUGAAAUUGUCAAGCAAAAUUAAACAGGAAAACUGGAAAGGAAUGAAUGUGUCUAGUGUACAUAUAGCCUAUGUGUAUACUUUGAAAGGCUAUGUAUUCAACUGUGCGCAUAUACAGUACUUAUUAACUGACAUAUACUUAAGAGCUAAACAACCCCAAGAUGGAUGUUUGUGUAGAUUCGGUUGGAGCGCAGUACGAGUAUGUCAUGUGAGUUGUGAGGAUUUACAAGAAACUAUGCCGCUACUUUCUAUGUCAACCGAUGUGCUAAUGUAUCUUUUUUUGUAUCUUUGUAACUCCAAGCUGUGCCUGAGAUGUGCUGCUCGCUCCAACAUGAGCUUAUUCAUGUUUUUCGUUUGAAACAAUUGAAAGGCUGUUCAAUGUUAAAUAGCCGGUAAACCGAUACAAAGGUGCCAGAUUUUCCUCUUAACUUGUCAUCGUGCUUUUGACAGGCUUUCUGAGUGUGAGUUAACGCAGCGCAGUUCUUAAUGUUGACAUCCAUUUUAGUGCCAUAGUAAAAUGCUACAUUAUGUUAUGAAAGUGUCAAAAAAUAAAAGAGAGUAAGUUAACGGUGACUUUCAACAACUGCUCUUAUGGCAGCUCCAUG